AUUUUAAAUCAAUAAAAUCAAUGAACGUAUGAAUAAAAAUAAGCAAUCUGUAAAUUAAUAGGUGAAGUUAUUGUGUAUCACGUGGUAUGUAUGCGUGUCGAAAGUAGAUUGAAAAUUGUUUCAAACCAUAUGCUUGGUUCAUAAGUCAUAACAUAAACAGUCCAGCUGUAAGAAUAAAAAUAUAAUAAUGGCUGGACAAAGUGCCACGUUCCCAAAAAUAUUAUUACUUUUAUCAAUAUUGUAUUGUUUUUUACACUCGGGUGAGACGAACGAUCCCAAUACAGUUCCAAUUACUGUUCCUUGGUAUGAAUCUCUUCCGGCCGUUGCUAUGGAUUAUAAGGUCCAUAUAGAUCCCGGUAAGGAAGACUGUUAUUAUCAAUUUGUCAAUCCCGGAGCGACCUUUUACGUUAGUUUCCAGGUACUUCGUGGUGGAGAUGGUAUGGCUGGAUUUGCAGUCCGUAAUCCAAAAGGAGAAAUUGUACACCCAUACCAAUGGAAACCAAAUGGCGAAUAUCAAGAUCAACAAUCAAUGGGUGGUUAUUAUUCCGUCUGCAUUGAUAAUCAAUUUUCUAGAUUUGCUGAUAAAUUAGUCAAUUUAUAUUUAACUGUAAUACGAUAUGAUCAAUGGGAUCUCUAUACAAAGGAAAUUGAAGAAAUGAACUUAAACAUGGAAAAUUUCACUGAAACAAUUAAAACUGUGGAACGUAAUAUUAACGAUAUGUUACAAUAUCAACAUUACACAAGAGGUCGUGAAGGACGAGACUACAAUUUAUUAGUUGACAACAAUGCAUAUGUUCUUCGAUGGUCUGCGAUUCAAAUUAUAGUUAUUGCAGCCACAACCGUAUUCCAAGUAUACUUUGUGAAGAAAUUAUUCGAAACAAAAUCAGGCAGUAGUGGUACUCGAUCGAGAAUUUAGAUAAGUUGUAUGUGUAAAUUAUUUAUCGCACUGGUUGUAUUUUUUAAUACAUUCGACUCAACUUGUAAUUUUUUGAAAGUUAUUUUAGGUAUAAAGCUAGUAUACAUUUUUUAGGCACAUUUUUAACAAAAGUUUGUGUGAGCGUAAUAACUUAAGUAGUCUAACAACACCGAGCAAGGGUGGUAUUGAUAGAGCAGAUCUUUUUAAGUUAUGACCCCGGCAAAUAUUUUUAAUAAUAAGUGCCUUUUCUGAUUCUAAAAAGAUGGUAUUCUUCUUUUCGGCAUUAUGAAGCUUGGUCCGACACUCAACAUGGCGGCAUGUCUGUAGUCCGCAAUUGUAAAAAUUUUGGAAUUUUUAAAUUAUCGAACUACAGGCACGUAGCUUUGUUUAGUGUUGAAACAAAGUCAGCCGAGUCAUAGAGUCAAAUACCUUCUUGUUAGAAUCAGAUCAAAGGCAAAUGUUAUUAAAAUUUUCCGGGUCCGUAAUGUAAAAGACCCGCUAAAUAAUUUAUCUUCUUAAAUAAAGAAGAAUUAAAUACUCAUCAAUGUUAAGCAGACGGGGAAAUAUCGCUCUUGUAGUGUUGUUAGACUAUCUAUGCAUUAAGUCCACACAAAUUUUUGACUUGUUCCAAAUAAGUUCAACGCUGCCUUUAUACCUAUUUACAUGUAUAAGUCUGAUAAAAUUUAAGCAAAAUUAUAUACGUCUACUCUGCCUGUGAUUAGCGAUUGUAAAAAAAAAGACCAACUUAACUAUUAAAAUAAUUAAGUAUAAAUAUACCACUAUUUUUAUAUUGCGUUUUGGAUUAUCCUUCCAAUGGAGCCAAAUGGUGUAGCCCAAUUUGUUAUUGAUAAAUAUUUUUAAAUAAGUU